UGAACUGUAAAAAAAAAACAAAAAUUACCAAAAUUCAUUUCGCCCGUGUGAGUGAAUUCGCUCUCUAUUUUUUCUCUGUGGUGAGGUGAAUUUGUUAUUUUUUGUAGACAAAAGAAUGAACAGAGAACGAAGGAAUUACCGAUUAAAACUGAUGAAGAAAAAAAGCAAUAAAGUGAAUGGGCAUCUGUCAAAAAAAAAUUGUAUGUCAGUCGGUCGAAUUUACGGAUAAUCGGUUUUUAUAAUUCGUUUCUGCACGAAUUUUUUUCAUCUAUUUUCUUGAUUAAAAUAUAACAGAAAAUUGCAAAUAUUUAUCCUAUUCCUUAUAACAAACUGCGUGUAUGUUUUAUGUUUUGAUUAAUUAACGGAAAAAAUUGGAAAAUCAAAAUCAUUCAGAGCACAGCAGAAAAAAGAAAGAAAAAAGAAACUGGAGUGUGUCACGUCAUAUCGAUAAAGAGAACAAGUCUGUGUGUGUGUGCUUUUUUUCUUCCUCAAAAAACAGAGUUAAUUUGAGCAUAUAACAACAAAAAAACACACAAAGAAAGUGAGAAGAAGAAAAUAAUUUUUGAACAAGUAUUAACUGGUAUCAAGACGGCAAAUCCAAAUAAAAUUCCACCAUCAUCAUUACCAUUAACAGAUACCGACUUAAUAGUAAGAGAAUCAUCAAGGCAUCAAGGGAAAUCGAAGAAGAACUCCCUUACAACGGCGUGUGGCAUUUAUGAUCCAUCGGCGAUCACGGAAACGACGGCGACGACGAAUACGAAAACGGCGGCGAAAUCCAACAUUAAUAAGAUCAAUAAAAGGGCAUCAGGAAGCAUUAUAAUACCUAAUUCCACGACAGUGGUAGCAACAGGAAAAGCAACAUCCUCUACCACCACGAAGACGAAGAGGAUCCCCACUAGCACCACCCUCAGUAGCUGUCACAAUAGUAGUUCGACAAGUACAAUGGCUUCGUCGAAUCAUCGUGGCGGUGGAGGCGGCGCUAUUCAAAUUGGAUCAGCUUGGUUUCAACGUAAAAUCAAUUUGCGUCCACAACAUCGUGGUGUUCAUUUAGUAACUGAAGAAAUUCUUAGACAGAUGCCAGAAUUGGGUCAAUUUUCUGUUGGACUGUGUCAUGUGCAAAUUCUUCACACAUCAGCGAGUUUAGCGUUAAACGAAAGUUGGGAUCCAGACGUGAGAGACGAUAUGGAAAUGAUGUUAAAUAAAAUAGUUCCAGAAGGCUUACCGUACAGACACUCGUGUGAAGGACCUGAUGAUAUGCCAGCCCAUGUAAAAGCAUGUUUUCUUGGUAGUUCAUUGACAAUCCCCAUCACGGAUGGAAAACUUUCAUUAGGUACAUGGCAAGGUGUUUGGCUAUGCGAGCAUCGAGAUCAAGCUGGCUCCCGUAAAUUAGUUAUAACAUUAUCCGGAUGUCCAAGGGAAUCGGCACGUAGCCCUUUGUCACCGGUAUCACCAAUUGCGUCGACCUCCAGUUAG